AUGUGGACUGCUGAAAAAGGUUCGACUCACUAUACUAAGGCUGUGGUAGAAGUAAUUCCAAAUCAGAUAGCCAGGGCUUUGGAUGUAUUGGCUGACCAAGCCACUCAGACCAUGGAAGCAGUAACACAAAACUGGCUUGUGCUAGACUAUCUUCUGGCCGAAGAGGGUGGAGUCUCAAAUAUUGGUCAACCACGAAAGACUACUCUGUCUCCGGCUCAGUUGGAUCCCUUUUAUACUCAGGGGGAUUCCCUGACUUCAGAAGAUCACCUUGAUGAUACUUGGGUAACUGUAUUUGGGUUUCCUCAAGCAUCUGCUUCCUAUAUACUUCUUCAGUUUGCACAAUAUGGAAAUAUAUUAAAACAUGUGAUGUCUAACACAGGGAAUUGGAUGCAUAUUCGUUAUCAGUCCAAACUUCAGGCCCGGAAAGCCUUAAGCAAAGAUGGAAGGAUUUUUGGAGAGUCCAUCAUGAUUGGAGUAAAGCCUUGUAUAGAUAAAAGUGUUAUGGAAACCUUUGCACUUGUUAUCCUCUAA